GUUAAGAAAAUUCCAAGAAAAGAAAAAAAAGUGUUCUGUGCUGCACUUCAAACAAAAACGAAUUUUCGGCCGUUUAUAUUUUUCAGCAUAUAGUUUUUUUGAAAGAAGUUUUUAUCAAAUGAGAACCUCAAGCGUUUUUUUUUUAUUGGUCCGAUGCGAUAUGUAAAUGCGUAAACCUGUUAAUUCUGAAUGAAUUUUAAUUCUGAAAUAAUAUGCAUAUAAAUUGUGUGAUUUGCAGCGAUUUAUUCACGCCUAAUUCCGAAACUUCGGUCACACCAUGUGGCCACAUAUUUCAUUAUCAUUGCCUUGCACACUGGAUGGAACGGUACUUUAGUAACUGUAAACAUCACAAUUAUAAAGCUGUUAAUUUUAGAUCAAAAACUUGCCCCCAGUGUAGAAACAAAGUUACACCAAGGGUAAUACAUAGGAUAUAUUUUAAUGUUGCCAGUUGUGAAGGUAUUAAUGAAGAUCCAAUCAUCUUGCAGAACAAACUUGACAGCUUGGAAUAUCAAAUGAGACUAAAAGAGAAAGAGUUACAGAAUCUGAGUGAAAAGUAUGGAAAAGUCAAGAAGCAAAAUGAAGGUUUAAGACAGGAAGUAUCAAAUUUAACACAAACAGAGAAAGCUCAUAAUUCAGCAGUGCUGGGUUUAAAAGAGCAAGUCCAUUUUUUUAAAAAGAGGGCAAAAGACUGUGAGAAAUUAGAUGCAGAAAUUCAUCAUCUUAAAAGUAGGAUCAAAAGCAUGGAAAAUGUGGAAUUGGCUCUUACUGGAACUAGAAAAGAAGUAGAAGAUAUCAUUAGAAAUGAAACCAAUAUUGAAUCGCUAGCAUUACUGGCUUCCACACUAAAGAAGUCAUUGAUUGACUCAGACAGAAAAAAAAGAGAAUUGCAGAAGCAGUUGAAUCAAAUUCAGUCAAGUCAUAUAACUUGUGAACAACAAAUUUCAAAGUAUAAAAUUGAGAGCCAAGAUAUAAGGAGAGAAUUGGAAAUACUUAAAGAAAAUUAUAUCAAAGAAGUACAAUUUUUAAAAGAUAAAUAUUCUCAGUUGAAUGUUAAGGCGUCUUGCAAAAACCAUUCAGAUUCCCUUAACAAUAGCAUUCAGAGAAUUAUAACCGAAAGUCCUGUCAACUAUAGCAGGACACCAGUAAUAGGAAAAACUCAUCACAUGAAUGUUUCUGUUGAUAUAUCAAAAUCAUCAGAAACACCAUAUGAAAAUAUCAGCAAGGUAUCACCUUACCUAUUGGUGAAACCAAGUGGUUUAGGCUUGCUAAAUAGUAUUGAAACCAAAGGAUUAGUAAAUACAAAUGAAGCUAGCAAAUUCUCCAUAUUCAAACAAACCACAAGUAUAUCUGACUUCAGAAAAGGUGGUUCUUCUAAUGUGCUUUAUAAUGGCUUGGGUGGAUCAAGUAAAGAGGAUAUAUUCCCAUCCCCUAAAGAAAAAUCGGUUGCCAGUGGUAUUAAGAGAAAAGGUUCAUCCACUGUGAGCUUAUCAAAAUUCAAAAAACUUUCUGCUAAUACUGGUAAACGAAAAGCGCAAUAAAGACUUUUUCUAGUCAAAAGAAGCUAUUUGUUUACUAUUAUACUUUUUGUUAAUAAAAAUAUUUACUUAUGCUUUUA